AUGGAUACAUCCGGAGAUGCCGAAACCGGCCGAACGACACGACUCCAAGUUCCGCGCGAGCCACGCCACAGCGUUCAAUCGGGAUCGGAUGCCAGCCAAAGAAGCUUGCGCGGCAGCACAAGGAGUGAAGCUGAUGAUGUGUCCGUGUCUGCAGCUUCGGAUGACGAGCGGAUACCACUGCCUGUCCGCGUGAUCAGUGAGCACUUCAAUGUCGAACCAGUCUUUCUCUGGCGACUCGCUCUGGGUCUGGUUGCUGUGCUUGUCAUCUACCUCGUCAUUCUUCUCUGUUUCUUCAGAGGAGGUUUGCAGCCAGGGGAAUGUGGUGCGACGCCUUGCCCGCAAGAGUGGGUGACCGGAGAGACCGGGGGUUACUACUGUGCGGACAUCCAGGGCUGCCGCCCGGCUGGGCAGGGCCAGUUUCCGAUAUGCUGGUGCCCAAGGUGCUGGAUUGGCAAGGUGCCAAGCAAAAAGCUAGGUCACGCAGAUCAGACACAGCCGACCAUCACGGUUGCGAAGCCAGGGUACUACGAUCUUCGGAUGAUGAAGGAUGGCGAGGCGGUGGCAUGCAGUGCUCCGAUUAGCAAGCUUCCCGGCGAUCCACGGUAUGGGUGUAGUGGGCAGUAUGGUACGGCCAAGACUUGCGAUGCUGCACCCCAUCCGAUUCGCGAAACACAGUAUGUUGCUGCGGUUCACAGGGGGUGUGCCACGCAAGAUGGCAAGGGCACCUACGGUUACGCGUACGAUGAUGGCGUAGGGCUGAAGCAGUGUCCGCCGAUGACACUCUACGAGUGGAUUCUCUGUCCGGCACAGGCCGUAACUUCGAUUCGGUGGACGGCAACGUCAGGAUUACAUGGCAGCCAGAAGCGAUUUCGCAUUACGAACCACUGUCCCAGGACAAUCUGGGUGCAGUCGACCGGCACCAAGAUGCCGUUUGAUGCAGACAUCGUCAAGAUCGGCCCUGGUGAGUCGUAUGUGUACUCCAUUCCGCGAAGAGGACUGCCUUCUACCCGGUUCUUGCCCAAGGUUGGGUGCGACGAAGAUGGAGCCAAUUGCGCUGUUCAGAGCGUGCCGCCCUGUCCACCGCAAGGCUGCAGCCCACCUGUGGACACAAAGUUUGAAGCGUCCUUCGGUUGCGCUUUCCAAGCAGAGCGGCCGAAAGACUGUGCGAGCACUGGCCAAGGAGUGUCGUCCAAACCUUAG